GUAAUGUAAAUAUUCUAAUAAAUUAAAAUAUACUGUUUCGGUUAGAUCUUAUAAUUUUUAUUCUGUAUCAAUACAAUACAAAAUUAGUAAAUUUGCCAUUUGCAAUUAGGUAAAAGUUUUUAACAAACUAUUAAUGGUUAAUAUUUCUUUAUACUACUAACCUAGUCUCAAAAUAAAAAUGUCUACAUAAAAAGAAACCUGUACCUAUUUAAUAAAAAUGCUGUAAUAUUUAUUUACAUAAUAAAAUCUCAAAAUAUAAAAAAAAUUAGUUGUGGUGUGACUCCUUCUGUGAUAAAAAAUUGUGUCAUGAAGAAAUACUAUAGUUCCAUUAGUUCAGUAAAAGUGCUUUUAGUAAAUUAACAGCUAAAGAACAAUGUCUUCUGAGGUUUCAUUGGAUGGACAAGAAAGGCCUAGUUUUUUUCGUCGAGUGGCCACUGGUUGUAUGAAAGCCGCUUGUUCACAAAUUGGAUUAGUUGUUUUAGUGGUAAUUUAUGUACUUCUUGGCGCCGUGCUUUUUGAAUAUUUGGAGUCUGGACCAGAGGUGCAGAAACGCUCGGCAAUACAACGCUCAAGAGAAGAAUGCUUGAAGGAACUGUGGGCUAUAACAGAGCGAUUGAACGUCCUAUACGAGAGGAAUUGGACAAGGCUGGUCCACGAGCAGCUCCGAAAGUUUGAAACCUCGAUCGUAGCAGCGGCGCGGAAGACAGACGCACAUGUAUUGGCGCUUGAAUCCAAGUGGACCUUCUCUGGCGCGCUGAUAUACUGCAUCACGCUUAUUACUACUAUAGGUUACGGCAACGUGUCACCAAGAACAGCAGCUGGUCGAGCUGCAACUGUAGCUUAUGCAGCUGCAGGGGUGCCUCUGGCAUUGGCAUGCUUGGCGGGGCUUGGCGCAUCACUGGCAAGGCUGGCGCGACUUGCCUGGCUGAGAGCUACCAACAACAAAGUGCCCAAUAAUUGGAGGAAGGAUGAGAUGGAAAAUCACUUCCAACUUCACGAACAGCAGCGGCUUCUUCCUCAGCCAAUAGAAAGCAAUCAGUACACAUCGUUUCCACCUCGAAGCCACCGGUCUCCCGGAACUGUGAAGGCAAGAGCUGGAGACAGGGGCCAGUACUCGCAGGUCUUCGAGAAGGCGCCAGCAAGCCCGCGAUCUGCUACAUUGGGACGAGUGAAGCGUAGUGCCUUUGUUGAGGAACCCAAUACGUCAUCAUCACAAACACAAACAUUAGACAGGAAGAAAACUAUGGGCAAUACGAAGUGCAUGGCCACAGUGCACGGGCCAGGGAGGGGAAAGGGGAGGAUUAUACAAAGACCACGUGGAGCAGUUAUCGAACAGCUUAUAGCGGAGGAGUGUGGAGAGGUUAUACAUAACAGAAGCCAUGAGGACCUUGAUGAUUCUGAAGAUGCUGAUGAAUCGAUCUGUCCUCACGAUACACCAUCACGAGUGCCUUUAAUAUGGAAUGAAGAGAACCACAAACAGAAGAGUUGCGCUGUUCCAAGCAGUAGUACAGCUGUCAGCAUUCAAAACCACAGCCACAGCAUCGAGCACUGCCACAUACCCGUUGGUAUCGUCCUCUGCCUCUUAUUAGGGUACAUCUUCAUCGGCGCCGCCAUUUUCUCCGCCUGGGAAAACUGGAGCUUCCUCGACGCCGCCUACUUCUGCUUUAUCGCCUUAGCAACUAUCGGCUUCGGCGACUUUGUUCCUACCAGUUUUCUUACUUCCAAACCCAACGCAGAGUACUCCAAAAGUGAAUACAUUCAAAUGAUCGCGUGUUGUGCUUAUCUUGUUUUUGGACUUAUAUUAAUAGCGAUGUCGUUUAGUCUCCUACAAGAUGAGGUUGUGGCGCGGUGUUCGCAACUAGCCAGCAGCUUAGGCCUGUCUCGUCAAUGACAUUACGAGAAGAGCGAAUGUAGCUCGACCGACAAUCACUUGAGAAUGUUAUGAUCAUUGUUGUGAAUGCAUUUUAUUGUCCAGUAUAAUUGGAUGUGUUUAACAAUAUUAAAUUUCGACCGUGUAUAUUUUCUUGUUAUCCUUCUAUCAUAAAAUAGAAUUAUUUUCUCAUAUAUCUGCAUUUAUCAACUGAUUAUAAUUUGAAUAAUAUUUGAAACUUUUUACGGACUUUAUACUUGUUUGAGAGCGAGGAGAGAUGGAUGUAAAUAAUGUAUAUGUAUAAAUAUUUAUAAAA